GCCCUAGUCCCUGCAGCCGGAACUUGGAACUUCUCUUGCGUGCCAGAAAGGUGGGUCUCUGCCGGUUAGUUAAGUUUUCGAAUUAUAGUCUGGUUUUAUUCGCCCAGCGGUACCAAAAGAAUUCUUCGGCCAUUUAUACAUGUGCGCAGGAGGUCCUGAAUCCUGAUUGGUAGAAAUGGCGGCGGAAGCAGAUCAGCAGCCGGCGACGAGGAUGCUGGAGACUAAGAAGUUCACAUGGAAGAUAGAGAAUUUCUCAAAGCUGAAAGAAACGUGGCUCUAUUCCGAUCCAUUCGUAGCUGGGGGUCGCAAAUGGAGGAUCCUUGUUUAUCCAAAGGGAGAAAAAUCAUCCGAAGAUUGUCUUUCCGUAUACUUGGAUCUUCCUGAUUGGGAAACCUACCCUGAAGGAUGGAGUGUCCUAGCUGACGUCAGCUUUACACUUGUUAACCAAGUCAAUAGCACAUCAUCUAUGCAACUGAGGUUUAGCCACAGUUUCCACGCAGAGGAGGAUAACUGGGGAUUCCCCAAUUUUAUUCCGAUCCAAGACCUCCACGAUGUUAGUAAAGGCCUCCUUGACAAUGAUACUCUAACCAUCGAAGCUGAACUUUCCACCGAAGCUGCAACAUCAGAUUCAGAGGCAGCUGCUGUUGCUGUUGCUGGGGAACCAAAAGUCAUCCAAGAAUCACUCACCCUGGAGCCACUUUCAGGACAGAAUCAUCAGGUUCAGGCGGCUGAUAAUUCUGCCACAGCCAGCAAACCCAUUUCUCCAUCAAUUGUGCAAACGACUUCAAGAAAACUGAUACAACAACUCUCAGCAAUGUCUCUCACUGGCGGCUCUAUCUCUUGCUCGAAUCCGGACCAUGGUACUUCUAGUCUGAUGCAGCAGCAAAGGGAGAAAAUGGUGGGGUUCCUCGCUAUGUCCCUCGAGGCCAUCUCACAAACCAAAUCACUCGAUGAAGUCGAGAACACUGCCCUCCAGCUUGCUGAACAAGCAACCAAUCCGGUGGAGAAGACGGUCCUAAAAGACUUGGUCUCGCGCCUUGCUGAGUUCAAGGAUGUCAUCCCCAGCUCUCUCUCCACCAUUGAAACUAGCUGCGGGGUGGAAUCAUCCGUAGAUCAAGUGAAAAAGGACAUGGAGGCCAGGCUGCUUCACAGGAAGAGACAACUGAGUUCUCUCGAGAUAGAGGUUUCGAGGCUGGGUGAAGAAGACAUGAAGCUGGAGGCAGAGAUUCAGCAGCUAUCUGCUCGCAAGGCUGUGAUUGUUGAUCAGAGGAGGUCGACCGUGGCCGAACUGGACAAGGCCAAUCAAGAGGCUGCCAAGGAAUUGGAAGAGUUGAUGAAGCAAUGUGAUGAGAGCAGGCAAGCGGUGGAAAAUAGGAUGAGAGCCAAGGAGAGACUGGCUCAGUCCAAUACAAGUUGGAAGCUUUUCAAAGACAACUUGGGAUGGUAGACUUACUUAGUUGUACGUACGCAGUAGUUAGUCUCUUACUCUUAUUAAAACGGUUGCUUUCGG